CGAAAAACUGUCAAACGGUGAAAAUUUUGCUCCAAGUGCGUACAACGAAAAUUUUAGUGCUCCAUUACCAACACCGAAAAUCAUGUAAAAAGAGCCCAAAACGGGCCAAUAGCAUCGCGAAAUGGCUACACAAAAGCCCGGAGAAUGGGCCAAUUCACUAUUGGCCCGCUUCGAGGAGCAGCUACCCUAUCGGACGGGUCCCCAUGGAACGCAGGCCCGGCUCAGCAUCGAUCAAACGAUGACCUGUUUGAUUCAGAUUUCCCGCUAUCGGUUCUCGCUGGUUAUUUCCGGCCUAACCAAGAUGCUGCAACGAGUCAACGAAAUUUUUAUUAUUCUACAGUUUCAGCCCCCAGCCUGCAGAGGACACGAACCGGAACGGUGCUGCUACGAUUCGCUGAUCAUUAUACUGGAAACGCUAGAACGCUGUCUCUCUGGCCAGUCGAAAGAUACGGCCCGGUUCGAGGAGGCAAUGAACGUGAAGUUGCUGCUGCGAGAAAUUUGCCAGUUUAUUGAUAUCCAAAAUGAAAACAAUCAGAAUGCAGCUUCACUCAAGGCUCUGGCAUCUAAGGUGCUGUACGCGUUGUCUCAAAAUCAUUUUGGAGCCGUUUUCAAUCGUAUAUCUGCGCGACUGCAAGAACUGAGCACCUGUUCGGAGGAGAAUCCGGACUACAGUGAUAUCGAACUGAUUCAGCACAUCGAUUUAGACGUUAAUCGGUUGACAAAACUAUUAACAGAGACUAUUCAAAAAUUUAAGUCAUUGAAAAAAUCAGCACAUUUAAUCCUGCUAAACUCACUGGAGAAGGCACUUUGGAAUUGGAUCGAAUUUCAUCCAAAGGAGUUUGAGGAUUUGCAGCGCAACCCUAACGAUGAGCUGUCUAAGUGUUGCGAAACUUUCUUCGACAUCCUGGAUUCGUACGCAGAAAACAAAAAGGCCCGUUCGGCUGUGUGGCCGCUGCAGAUCAUGCUGUUGGUACUAAGUCCCAAAGUACUGGAAGAGAUUGUGAACGCUGAUUCGGGAGCACCGUGUUCACCGAGGCAUUUGAAAAAGAAGCAUUUCAUGGAGGGCAUAAAGAAAGGCUUGGGAGCUCAUGCAUCAUCUAAACAAUCCACCGAAUCGGCAGCUAUUGCGUGCGUUAAACUGUGUAAAGCCUCCACGUAUAUUAACAUUAACGAUUCCAGCAACGUAACUUUUCAACUGGUACAAAGUGUAAUUAACGAUCUGAAGGCGCUACUUUUCAACCCUGCCAAACCUUUCUCUCGUGGGCAAGGUUUCAACUUUCAGGAUAUCGAUCUGAUGAUCGAUUGUUGGGUUUCUUGCUUCCGGAUCAAGCCGCAUAACAACGAAGCGUUGAAGGUUUGUCUCAGUUUAAACUCACCGCCGGCGUACCACUUUGUCAUUGUUAGCUCCCUGCUAAAGAUAGUAACCCAAGCGAGACUACCAUGGUGGCCACAGAUUGAUUUGGUUUAUGCCCGUUCCGGAGAGCUGAGAGCGUUGUUUACCGACACCCUAAACAAAGCCACACAAGGAUACAUCGCUCACACCCCACUAAGGAUGAUUACUUCGUUGACGCUCAAGUCGAAAGAUGCUCAGAGUCGGUUAACGAGACCGGACGAGGGGCCAGCUCAUAAGGCAUUGCUGCUGUUAAUGGUCAGACUUAUUCACGCUGAUCCAAUGCUGUUGUUAAAUAGCCUCGGUAAAGCCGGCCAUGAAGUGCAAAGCUCCACACUUGAGUUAAUCAACGGUUUGGUUUCGCUGGUACACCAGCCGACAAUGCCAGAUGUAGCGCAGGAAGCUAUGGAAGCGCUGUUAGCUCUCCACUCGCCGGAUAAAAUCGAAGUCUGGAACCCGGAAGCUCCUAUAAACACCUUCUGGGACGUCAGCUCCCAAGUUUUGUUUUCGAUCUCACAGAAAUUGAUUCAACAUCAGAUCGCAAACUAUACGGAUGUCCUGAAGUGGCUGCGCGAAAUUCUAAUCUGCCGAAAUACGUUCCUCCAGCGGCACAAGGAUUACGCUAACGUCGGCAGUCAAAUCGCAAUUUGUCGACAGGCUCACAUUAAGCUGGAGGUGGUGUUCUUCAUGUAUCUGUGGUCUGUGGAUCUUGAUGCCGUGAUGGUUUCACUGUCCUGUUUUGGUUUGCUUUGUGAAGAAGCGGAAAUUAGGUCCGGCUCGGAUGAACUAACGGUGGGUUUCAUUCUACCGAAUUACCACCUCUAUCAGGAGCUUUCACAUGCAUCCAGCACGCUGACAACGCAAAGCGUUGAGUCGCGUUAUAAUUUCUACGAGCACACGCAGGGCAGGGUAGCCUUGCAGAAGAAUAUUAUGUCACUGAUGCGAAAGAUCGAACACUGCGUCAAUGGAGUUCAACCGGCCUGGGAGGAGACGUUCCGAAAUUGGGAGGUCACCUCGAAACUAUUGCAGAACUAUCCCAAGGGAAAGCCAGAGGAAGGUCAGGCGGAAGUUUUUCACCGCACUAUGGGUAAACGUCGAGCUAGUCAUCAAAGUUCGGAGCACGACCUGGAGGAGCAGAUCACAGAGUGGGCCAACAUGACUUGGUUUCAGUUGGCCUUGGGAGGAGUUUGUCUGCAGAAGCCACGCAAUCAGCGGCUGGCGCAGAGCCAAAUACUUCCCAUUGGAGUAAGUGGACCGUCGUUGAUGCAGUCGACUACUUCGCUAUCCAGUUCCAGCUCGGGACGGGGUUCGAUGCACCCGAUAAUGGGAUCGCUAGUUUCGUCAAUGGGCGGAGGAAGUCAGGAUGUUCAGUACUGUCCUGUGACGCAGUUUAUCGGACAGCUUUUGCGUUUGCUAGUGUGCAAUAAUGAAAAAUUUGGUCCCCAAAUUCAGAAGCACGUGAAGGAAUUGGUUGGGCAGGAAAUGUCAGCCCAGUUGUAUCCGAUUUUGUUCGAUCAGAUUCGAGCGAUCGUGGAGAAGUUUUUCGAUCAGCAGGGCCAGGUUGUGGUCACCGAUAUUAACACACAGUUUAUCGAGCAUACGAUUUACAUUAUGAAAUCGGUACUGGACGGUCGCCAGAGUAAAGAUCAGAACGAUCAGCCUUCGAAUGCGGAACACCUGGGCGUGACAAGCAUCGAGAAUCUUAUGCUGGCGAUCGUGAGGUACGUUCGUCACUUGGAUAUGACCGUGCACGCAAUCCACAUCAAAACGAAACUCUGUCAACUGGUGGAGGUUAUGAUGAAGCGCCGUGACGAUUUGGCGUUUCGACAGGAAAUGAAGUUCCGUAACAAGCUUGUCGAGUACUUGACGGACUGGGUGAUGGGAACGUCCCAUCAGAUUGCUCCUCCUAGCUCGGGAGAUGUGACGAUAAUAACCAGAGAUCUUGAUCAAGCCUGUAUGGAAGCGGUCGCUGCUCUACUGCGUGGAUUGCCUCUUCAACCAGAGGAAUCCGAUAGAGGAGAUCUGAUGGAUGCCAAAAGCGCUCUCUUUUUAAAGUAUUUCACGCUGUUUAUGAAUUUGCUAAACGAUUGCGUGGACGGAUCGGAGGCGGAUAAGGAUACAAACAACCCGCCGUUGCUACCGCCUCGACCUAGGGUUGCUGCUGGCAAGCUGACCGCUUUGCGGAAUGCUACUAUUCAAGCGAUGUCUAAUCUGCUUAGUGCUAACAUCGAUUCUGGACUGAUGCACUCCAUAGAUCUGGGCUACAAUCCGGAUCUACAGACGCGAGCCGCUUUCAUGGAGGUUCUCACGCAGAUUCUUCAACAAGGAACGGAGUUUGAUACGCUGGCCGAGUCGGUGAUGGCAGAUCGGUUCGAGCAGCUGGUGCAGUUAGUAACUAUGAUCAGUGACAAAGGCGAACUUCCGAUUGCUAUGGCUUUGGCUUCGGUUGUCACAACAUCCCAAAUGGAUGAAUUGGCCCGUGUUUUAGUGACGCUGUUCGAUGCCAAACAUCUGCUUUCUCCACUGCUUUGGAACAUGUUCUACCGCGAAGUGGAAGUGUCCGACUGUAUGCAAACGCUGUUCCGUGGCAACUCUCUGGGUAGUAAAAUCAUGGCAUUCUGUUUCAAAAUAUACGGAGCCAGUUACUUGCAAGGACUGCUGGAGCCUCUAAUUCGACCCCUGUUAGAUGAUCCAGUUACGAGUUUUGAAGUCGAUCCCGCUCGUUUGGAAGCCUCUGAAGACAUUGAAGUUAAUCGCAAGAAUUUGAUCGCUCUAACGCAGAAAGUUUUCGAUGCGAUUGUCAAUUCCGCAGAUCGCUUUCCUCCCCAGUUGCGAUCCAUGUGCCACUGUCUGUAUCAAGUGCUUAGCAAGCGUUUCCCCAAUUUGCUCCAGAACAACAUCGGAGCCGUCGGUACGGUGAUCUUUCUUCGGUUUAUCAACCCAGCGAUCGUGUCCCCUCAGGAGCUGGGGAUCGUCGGCAAACAAGUGCCAACUCAAAUCAAGCGAGGUCUCAUGUUGAUGUCGAAAAUCCUACAGAACAUUGCGAACCACGUGGAAUUUUCCAAAGAACAACACAUGCUCUGCUUCAAUGACUUUCUCCGUAUGCACUUUGAAGGCGGGCGUCGGUUUUUCAUCCAGAUUGCAUCCGAUUGCGAAACAGUAGAUCAGACGUCACACAGCAUGAGCUUUAUUUCGGAUGCAAACGUGUUAGCACUGCACCGACUGUUGUGGUCACACCAGGAGCGGAUCGGAGACUAUCUGUCGAGUAGCCGCGAUCACAAGGCGGUUGGUCGACGUCCCUUCGAUAAAAUGGCCACACUGUUGGCUUACCUUGGACCACCAGAACACAAACCGGUUGAUUCGCAUUUACUGUUUUCGAGCUACGCUCGUUGGAGUUCAAUUGAUAUGUCGUCAACUAACUUCGAGGAAAUCAUGGUCAAGCAUCAAAUGCACGAAAAGGAAGAGUUUAAAACGCUCAAAUCCAUGAACAUUUUCUAUCAGGCAGGAACCAGCAAAGCUGGCAAUCCCGUGUUUUAUUACAUUGCACGACGCUACAAAAUCGGCGAGACAAACGGGGACCUGCUGAUCUAUCACGUGAUUCUAACGCUGAAACCCUUCUGCCAUUCGCCUUUCGAGGUCGUUAUCGACUUCACGCACACCUGCUCGGACAACCGCUUUCGGACAGAGUUCCUACAGAAAUGGUUUUACGUACUACCCGAAGUGGCCUACGAGAAUCUCCACGCCGCUUACAUCUACAAUUGCAACUCAUGGGUGCGAGAAUACACGAAGUUUCACGAUCGCAUACUGGCCCCACUAAAAGGUUGCCGGAAGCUGAUCUUCCUGGACUCACCAGCUCGACUAAACGACGUUAUCGACCCGGAGCAGCAGAAACUUCCCGGUGCGACACUUUCCUUGGAUGAAGAUUUGAAAGUGUUCAACAAUGCACUUAAACUCAGCCACAAGGAUACCAAAGUGGCAAUCAAAGUGGGCCCCACAGCCCUACAAAUAACAUCAGCCGAGAAGACAAAGGUCCUCGCCCACUCUGUCCUGCUGAAUGACGUUUACUACGCAUCCGAAAUUGAGGAAGUCUGUCUGGUGGAUGACAAUCAGUUUACACUGUCCAUCGCUAACGAAAGUUCGCAGCUCAGCUUUAUUCACAACGAUUGUGACAACAUUGUGCAAGCCAUAAUUCACAUCCGUAAUCGCUGGGAGCUAAGUCAACCGGAUUCGGUGACUGUGCAUCAAAAGAUCAGACCCAAAGAUGUGCCAGGAACGCUGCUCAACAUGGCAUUACUUAAUUUAGGUUCCUCUGAUCCGAACCUGCGAACAGCGGCCUACAAUCAGCUCUGCGCACUGACGGCGACUUUCGAUCUUAAAAUCGAAGGACAACUGUUAGAGACCCAAGGACUGUGUAUUCCUUCGAACAACACCAUCUUUAUUAAAUCGGUAAGCGAAACAUUGGCCACCAAUGAGCCACAUUUGACGCUUGAGUUCCUGGAGGAGUGCAUCCAAGGUUUCCAAAGAAGUACGAUCGAGUUGAAGCAUUUGUGCUUGGAGUACAUGACACCGUGGUUGGCCAAUCUGGUGCGAUUCUGCAAGCCAUCGGACGAGAGCAAACGCCAGAAACAGGUGGCUUUAAUCCUGGAGAAGUUAAUCAAUCUGACGAUCGAACAGAAAGAAAUGUAUCCAUCAAUACAGGCGAAGAUUUGGGGCUCGAUUGGACAAAUUCCGGAAUUGAUCGACAUGGUAUUGGACAAUUUUAUCCACAAAUCGGUAAGUUCUGGAUUGGGCUCGCCGCAAGUGGAGAUCAUGGCGGACACUGCCGUGGCCCUGGCAUCCGCAAACGUGCAGCUGGUCGCGAAGAAAGUUAUCGGUCGCCUUUGCCGUGUUAUGGACAAAACCUGCCAUUCGCCCACGCAGUAUCUCGAGCAACAUAUGAUGUGGGAUGAUAUUGCAAUUCUAGCUCGCUACCUGCUCAUGUUGUCCUUCAACAACUGCUUGGAUGUUGCCCGUCAUCUGCCAUAUCUGUUUCACACCGUAACGUUCCUAGUUUGCAGCGGAUCGCUCUCGAUGCGCGCCUCGACCCACGGUCUAGUCAUCAACAUUAUUCACUCGCUGUGUACCUGCACUAAACCGUCCUUUUCUGAGGAAACUCAACGAGUUCUUCGGCUGUCAUUGGACGAAUUCUCGCUGCCAAAAUUCUAUCUGCUGUUUGGCAUUAGCAAAGUUAAAUCCGCUGCUGUUACAGCUUUCCGUUCGUCCUGUCGACAUCCAAACGACCGCUGGUUGGGUAACGAACGUGUCUCUCAAGCUCCACCUGCUGAUCGUGAACGCCUAGCAUUACCAUCGCUGGAAGUCAUAACGGAUGCCUUGCUUGAAAUCAUGGAAGCCUGCAUGCGAGACAUUCCGGACUGCGACUGGCUACAGACCUGGACAUCGUUGGCGAAAAGUUUUGCCUUCUGCUACAAUCCUGCUUUACAACCACGAGCUCUGAUUGUGUUUGGUUGUAUCUCGAAAAGCAUCACCGACCAGGACGUGAAACAGUUGCUACGCAUACUGGUGAAAGCUUUGGAAUCCUUCACGGAUAUUAUUCUGUUGGAAUCUUUAGUCAUGUGCUUGACUCGGCUGCAGCCGUUGCUUCGACCUGAAUCUCCCAUACAUAAAGCUUUGUUCUGGGUCGCCGUGAGUGUACUCCAACUGGACGAAUCAACCCUCUACGCAGCGGGACUUGCCCUGCUAGAGCAGAACCUACACACGCUGAACUCGCAGCAGCUGUUCGACAAACAGAAUAUUGCGGACGUGAUGAUGGCCACCCGGGAACCACUGGAGUGGCACUUCAAACAGCUCGAUCAUGCCGUCGGGCUAUCGUUCAAGUCGAACUUUCACUUUGCGCUGGUCGGUCAUCUGCUAAAAGGCUUCCGCCAUCCGACACCGACGACGGUUUCUCGUACCUCUCGCGUGCUGACCAUGCUGCUGGGAAUUGUUGCGAAGCCCCACCGGCGGGACAAAUUCGAGGUGACACCGGAUAGUGUGGCCUAUUUAACGGCCUUGGUGUGUUUGUCGGAGGAAGUGCGCUCACGGUGUCACGUUAAGCACACGCUUCCCCGCUGGCCGGUUGAAACCGGUGGCGUCUCCGAACCCGGUGCUGGUGGUGGUGAUCAUCUAUCUGCUGGUGGAGCCGGCAAUCUACAGGCGACUGCCGCCGGUGGACAAAACGUUCGACGACAAAAGUCCUGGGAUAUGCUAGACCAAUCGGCCAUCCAGUAUGCCCGACAAUCGCACAAAGUACAACCGCAUCAGGACCCGGCAAUCAAAGGAAAAUCCUGGCGAAGCUUAGACCUAACCCAUAAUCCACACAUGGGAAUGAUCAGCCAUUCCUCGUUUGUGUCACAUGCUUGUACUAAUACCAAUACGACUACUAGCACACUUUCCGCGUAUACUACCACCAAUAACAACACUCUCACCAACAACGCAAAUACUUCCGGUGGCAGUAGUCAGCAUGGUGGAGCCUACCACAGAAGCGACUUCCGUAAUCGUCGCUCCUCGUCGGAACCAGUCAACCACCAGAUGGUGCUGGUCAAUCCGAACAUUGCCAAACUGAUGGCCCUAAAACAAGCACACAUUUACACCGGUACUAGUAUCUCCUCUGCUUCUCCCUCCGCUACAACAGCGACCAUAACUACUACUAACAAUAGCAACAUUAAUACGAACGCUGCUAGUGCCGCAGUAACCAUGAUUAUUACCAAUACCAUUAACUUGAAUACUACUUGUACAAGCUCCGCCACUACCACAAGUACGCUGACGAUCAAUACUGCCAACAGUAGCGCGACAAACAGUACUAGCCCAGCGCAGUCUAUCGAAGAGAUUGAGAAUGACGAUGAGGCGAACAAUUUUAUCGUCGACUGUUUGCAAGACAUUUCAUCGAUCAAAGAAAAGUGCUCCCAGACGGCCCGAUUGCUUUUCAAAACGCAGCGCUCGUUCUCCGUUCCUACGCCCAAGGAAAGCCAGGGCAAAUCCGCUGAUCGGCAGAAGGAGCGCGGAUCGCGAUCUUCCGUGUCGAACGAAUCGAACGUACUACUCGAUCCGGAAGUGCUGCCGGAUUCGUCUACGCAGGCCCUGGUGCUGACAGUGCUGGCCACACUGGUUAAGUACACCACAGACGAGGCGGAAACGCGAGUCCUCUAUCAGUAUCUGGCCGAGGGUUCGGUCGUUUUUCCGAAGGUAUUCCCAGUGAUCCACUCUUUACUCGAUCAGAAGGUCAACAAUGUUUUGUCGGUGUCCACCGACCAGAUCGUGCUGGCAUCCGUGCAGAGCAUCAUCCAGAACAUGCUGGCCAGCGAGGAUGCAUCCCAGCAACCGUUGCACUUUUUGCAGAGCUGUGGCUUUGGGGGGCUGUGGCGUUUUGCCGGACCGUUCACCAAGUACAACAUGAUGGUCGAAUCGUCGGAACUGUUCGUCAACUGUCUGGAAGCGAUGGUAGAAACCUGCCUGCCGAUGGAGGAGAACACUCCGAUGCCGCCGUCACCUCGGCCCUACAAUCUAAGCUCGAGCUUGAGCAGCUUGACGCUCGGUUCGCCUACGGACAAAGAAUCUCUGGAUCACGACGGCUUUAGUGGUAGUGUAAGUUCCCUGCGCAGAGCUUCCUGCAGCAGAGCACGUAGCACUAAGCAUCGAUUCGUUGAUAGUCCUACUCACAACAUUUAGAGCGGCACAUGAACGUAGUAACACCGGAAUCGGUCCCAAUCACCAUCAAGCCCCUCGUAACACUGUACCCCUACUAACGUAGUUCUGUGAGUUAGCACCAAAGACACUUAAGAAAUGAGUUUAACUACUUGUGGUUCAAAAACAAAAAACCCACUCUGAAUGUCACCCACUAUAUUACCUAGUAUAAAAGGCCAAGCAGAUGUUUCUGGUGUGAAAGGAACAUUAAUCAAUGGGAGAUUGUGCUUUUAAACCUAAUAGUACAUAGUAUAUUUACCCACAUUUUGAUAAUCGCACACAUACACACAGAAUUCUAAGCUACCUAUGAAUAUACUUGAGAUUAAAGCGCUCACGCACACAUUUUUUAGAACCCACGUCAUAUCUGCACAAACACUGAACCAAAAUCUGACAGUUACACACUCGCAAAAACGUAAACGAAAAUGGAUAAAACCAAAAACUCAGAUUGAAGAACCUAUUCCGUGCAUAUUAUUGAGGUUUUACUACUCAAAGUUGGAAUACCAUAUUACAAAUGUUCAGAUGUGAUAAUUUCCUAUUUUUUGAAUUGCAGAAAAGAGACCUGAACUGACUUUCUACGCAGUAGUUCUUAACCAGAACUGGCGACGAAGCAAUUUUUCGUUAUAUUUAAUUUGUUUUCCAAUCUUGCUCUUAAAACAUGACUGUAGCAACCAUACAAACCAUAGUUUAAUUUGAAACCUGAACUAGACUUCAUAACAUGAUAUCCCCUGAUUUCCCCUGAUUCCCCUGGUUUUCGCCAUCUUGUUACCCUCUCUGAGAAAACAAACCAAGCCUGGAGGUACAAUUGAUUUGGAAAUUGUCGGCAAGGGGUACGCGGUCUAAAAAAGGUUGAGACCGCUGUUCUACGGGAUUCAAGAUGACUGUAAAAUACUUUUGAAGAUCUAUGACUGUUUUAUUCAAAAUUUAUUUGGUUUGGUUGGACAUUUAAGCGUUUGUUAUAUCAAAACAAACAAGUUGUUACUAUACUCGGAAUGCGAAAUAACAGUCGAGGAAACCCGAGCAAGUGUGUUCUGUUGAAUUGAACUAGGUUAUAUUUCUCUUCGAUUUGGUUUGAGUAUUUUAGCUGCUAUCUUUAUAUUUUGGUUUAAAAUUUUAUAUUCAAAAUGUUUGGUACCCUCCUGAAACCUAUAAAUGGCGACUCUGCUAGCAUUUCACUUUAUUUAGAACAUUCUGGUAACAAGAAAGAAUCGACAUAAUCCCGCUUGAAUUUCAAUGCAUCACUCAUAAGUCAUAUCGUUGAGAUUGACUAGCAACACUUAUUUUGUACGCAAAAUGUCCAUGCAUGGAAUUGUUCGCUUUGCCCACUUAGAUCCUUGAUCUGACGGUUCACUUGGAGUUUUCGGUCUCACUCUUAAUGCUGUAGUUUAAAAUAGAAUUAGUCUCUCACUAGGGACAAGACACAGUUGAUGUAUUGUGAAACAUUUACAAUGUUUAAUAUUACUAAAGAUUUAUUCCUGUGUUUUGGGCACACUUUUACACUUUAAUCUCUUGGCUUUAUAUUUUUCCAAGAGCUUAGAACAUUGAUAUCACCAGUGUGACAUAAAAGUAACAGUUACAUUAAAGGUGUUUCACCCCAACUUCCUCGCAUAUUUUUAAUGUAACUCGGGAUUUGAAUACUCAGUACUCACACCAUUGCCCGUUUCAGAAUAGUGGAAAUAAGUCAUGCACGUCAAAUGAAAUUUUCUCAAUAAAACAGGUUCCAAAACAUGUUUCCUAGUUGUCAUACAUCAUUAUUAAAAGCUUUUCACAAAAAUGAAACUAGAAAAGCUAGUCGCAUUUGUCCCCUAUCAAAAAUUUCAUCUAUGAAAAACUAUCAAAAUGUGAUAAGAUUUCACAAAAAAGCAGUGCGAUUUACUCUUUUUCCGACCAAACAUGUGCCAAGGGUUGUAUUAAAUUAAAAAAAAAACACUAUUUCUUCGAGGCCUAAGGUAAACCGAGUAAGAGUUCAUUCAUUAAGGGCACAAGUCGCAGACAGACGUCCAAGCUGAGUUCCAAACUUGUGUAAGGUUUUUUGUAGUAGCAAUCCGUAACCAGAUAGCGCUACCAGUACCGCCAGCCUCGUACACCAGCGAAAAAAAAUGUAUUGUAGCGAUAAGGUCACCAGGCGGCGUUAGUGUACAAGUGAUUUAUAACGCAAUUUACUUUGAAAAUUAACACGGAAAUUUUGAUCAAUGUUGUCCCUGCUUGGACGUCUGUCUGUGCCCAAGCUUUAGGUCAAAAAUUGUGUUCCAUUGUAGCGUUAGUCUUUUUUGUUAUAAACUGUUGCUUCUGUUGUUUGAAUAUCCUAUACCAUCUCCUAAUAUUAGGGAAUCUAGGCAGCUCUAACUCUCCUGUUGAUGACUGAAUAUGCUAAUUAUUUACGUAUAUAUGUAGAAACUAACGUAGUUAUCUGUUUUUGUUAAUGAAGCAUUAAUGCUAUGCUAAGCGAUAGAAGCCAUUAUAAAAAGCUAUUUGAGGCCUCUCUAAGAUGUGAGUAUAUUUUUGAAUACAUCUCAUGUAUGCACACAGACAUCGCACACGCAUCAAGAGUGCACACCUGUACUGUUCACAGAAGCAGAAUAAAUAUUUUUGUGUCAA